AUGGAAUCACGUCAACUAAAUUUGGCUCAUCAACAGCAUCGUCGGGCUGAAGUUCACCUCCAGAACAACAGGUACGAUGAGGCGAUGCAAUGUCAUCACAACGCCGCAGAGUUACUAUUAGACGCAAUGAAAUCAACCACAUCUUCUGUCGCUCUAGAAUCUAUCACACUGCAACACAGUUAUCAUCUCAAGCAAAAAGAUUUUAUAAAAAUUAAGAAGGGACAAUAUGAACGAGUGACUAAAGCAAUGGACCAUUUGAAAUUACUAGGCAAGGAUCCUAAACAUAAUCUUCAAGUGAAUGAUAGUGAAUAUGUUCAAGCAACUAUAUAUAAAACAAUUAAUGAAGCAGAUUCUUUGUUGUCAAAUUUACGGAAUACUCGUAAAAACAUUGACCAAGAUCCAGUUGAGUCCAACCCAGUGGAGUCAAACCUAGUUGAGUCAAACCCAAUUGAGUCAAACGAGUCUGUUAAAAAGGUGGAAGUGGAUGGCAAGAAGACUGAAAAAAGCCGAGAGACUGUUGUAGAAGAAUUGCAAAUAUUAAAUAACAACUUACGUUCUCUUGUUGAACGUCUAGUAUUUCAAGUCGAAGUAUUUAAGGAUGAGAACAUGACAUUAAAAGAAAGAGUUAUCUACUUAGAAAAGGAGAGAACAAAGUAUUUAAUUUUUAAUAUUCCAUCAUCACAUGAUGAUGGUUUACAAAGUAAUUUUUUGAAUACAAAUAUACAAGGAGAUGAAGUAUCAAAAGAAUUAACCCAGAAAGUGCCAAUUACAAAAGAACCUCAGCAAGGUAGGCCACUUAAUACAGGGGAUAGGAUUGGUCAACCUCAUUUUGAUUUAAGUGCAUUGAAGACCAGUAGUAAUUCAGUAUGA